GCGCGCGGCGGUCGGUGGGGGGCGGAGCCGGCGCUGGGCGCGGAGGCUGCCGGGAGCGGAAGUGCGCCGCGGCGGAUGUUGACAGCGGUGGCCCACAACAGGCUGGGUGGCCCGCCGAGGAACAUAGCACUGUAUCAAAAUGGCUGAUGAUAAUGAAGAGCUGCAGGCAGAUGAAGAGCUCCCAGCUCCGGCUGAGGACAACUUUGAGCAGCUGGAGAACAGCAGCCCCGCAGAGCGCAGUGGGCACGUAGCAGUCACUGAUGGACACUGCAUGUUUGUUUGGGGAGGCUAUAAGAAUGCUCAAGUUAGGGGAUUUUAUGACUUCUAUCUGCCUAGAGAUGAAAUAUGGAUCUACAGCAUGGAAACUGGAAGAUGGAAUAAAAAAAAAACAGAAGGAGAUGUUCCACCUUCCAUGUCAGGCAGUUGUGCUGUGUGUGUAGACAAAGUAUUGUACUUAUUUGGAGGGCAUCAUGCACGUGGCAAUACAAACAAGUUCUACAUGUUAAACUCCAGAUCCAAGGACAAAGUGUUGCAGUGGGUUAGAGUAGAAUGUCAAGGUGUUCCCCCCUCAUCAAAGGACAAACUUGGAGUUUGGGUUUAUAAAAAUAAGCUAAUAUUUUUUGGAGGUUAUGGUUAUUCGCCUGAAGGGAUACCAAUAGGAACUUUUGAAUUUGAUGAAACCUCUUUUUGGAACUCAGGUCAGCCUAGAGGAUGGAAUGAUCACGUACAUGUUCUGGACACUGAAACCUUUUCUUGGAGCCAGCCCAUAACCACGGGUAAAUCCCCCUCACCCCGAGCAGCCCAUGCCUGCGCUACAGUUGGGAACAGAGGCUAUGUGUUUGGAGGCAGAUACCGAGAUUCUAGAAUGAAUGAUCUUUAUCAUCUUAAUUUGGACACAUGGGAGUGGAAUGAAAUAAUUACACAAGGCAUUUGCCCAGUAGGCCGAUCUUGGCAUUCCUUAACUCCAGUUUCAUCAGAUCACCUAUUUCUCUUUGGAGGGUUUACCACCGAUAAGCAGCCACUGAGUGAUGCUUGGAUUUAUUGUAUCAGUAAGAAUGAGUGGAAACAGUUUGAACAUAAUUAUUCUGAAAAACCGAGGCUGUGGCAUACAGCUUGUGCAAGUGAAGAAGGAGAGGUCAUUGUUUUUGGUGGCUGUGCCAACAACUUGCUUGCCCAUCACAAAGCAGCUCAUAGUAAUGAGAUACUUGUGUUUUCUCUGCAACCAAAAUCUCUUGUAAGGCUGUGCCUAGAAGCAGUCAUUUGCUUCAAAGAGAUAUUAGCCAACUCAUGGACCUGCCUCCCAAAGCACUUGCUUCACAGUGUCAAUCAGCGGUUUGGAAGUAACAAUACAUCUGGCUCUUAAGACUUCUAGCAGUUACUUCUAUGAAUGUGUGCAUGGAUGAGCAAUUCUAAAAGAUGUAAUAAUUUUACCAACCACCUGUGGGAGAUGUGAGACUUGUAGAAAUAUCUGCAUUGUUGUUGGUAGUAGCUUGUUGGUUGUAAGUUGCAUGUGAAUGGCUUAGAGAGAACCUAUUUUUGUGUAAAGAUGUUUGCAAUAAAUGUAUUUAAUGCAAGUUGAAAUGUAUCAGUGCCUAAGCUAAGUUAAACCAGUAAUGGUUUGUUCAACUUAAUGCCACUCACUUCAUUAUGUGAUGACAGGAAAACUACUCUAACCUAAAUUACUUCAGAGUGUGUCAGUGCAGGGAAAUGCUGUUUAAGGAAAAGGAGUACUUGUGGCACCUUAGAGACUAACCAGUUUAUUUGAGCAUGAGCUUUCGUGACCUACAGCUCACUUCAUCGGAUGCAUAGCAUAUCGUGGAAACUGCAGAAGACAUUAUAUACACACAGAGACCAUGAAACAAAACUUCCUCCCACCCCACUCUCCUGCUGGUAACAGCAUAUCUAAAGUGAUCAUCAGGUAGAGCCAUUUCCAGCACAAAUCCAGGUUUUCUCACCCUUCCCCCCCCCCCCCCCCCCCCCCACACACACACACACAAACUCACUCUCUUUGAAACCUCUCUUUAUAAUGCGCAUGAUAAUCAAGGUGGGUCAUUUCCAGCACUAAUCCAGGUUUUCUCACCCCCCCCCCCCCCAACACACCCCCCUCCAAAAACCACACACACAAACUCACUCUCCUGCUGGCAAUAGCUCAUCUUACAAUGUGCACAGCAAUAAUCCAAGUUUAACCAGAAUGUCGGGGGGGGUUUGUAGGAAAAAAACAAGGGGACAUAGGCUACAUUGCAUAAUGACUUAGCCACUCCCAGUCUCUAUUCAAGCCCAAAUUAAUAGUAUCCAAUUUGCAAAUGAAUUCCAAUUCAGCAGUUUCUCGCUGGAGUCUGGAUUUGAAGUUUUUUUGCUUUAAGAUAGCGACCCUCAUGUCUGUGAUUGCGUGACCAGAGAGAUUGAAGUGUUCUCCGACUGGUUUAUGAAUGUUAUAAUUCUUGACAUCUGAUUUGUGUCCAUUUAUUCUUUUACGUAGAGACUGUCCAGUUUGACCAAUGUACAUGGCAGAGGGGCAUUGCUGGCACAUGAUGGCAUAUAUCACAUUGGUGGACGAUCACUUUAGAUAUGCUGUUACCAGCAGGAGAGUGGGGUGGGAGGAAGUUUUGUUUCAUGGUCUCUGUGUGUAUAUAAUGUCUUCUGCAGUUUCCACGAUAUGCUAUGCAUCCGAUGAAGUGAGCUGUAGCUCACGAAAGCUCAUGCUCAAAUAAACUGGUUAGUCUCUAAGGUGCCACAAGUACUCCUUUUCUUUUUACGAAUACAGACUAACAUGGCUGUUACUCUGAAAGCUGUUUAAGGAGUUACCCUUCAAGGAUUUGUAGGUUGUUGCUGAAUUUCUGGGCCUUAAAGUUUGGCAAAUGCUAGAAGUAUUUUCAGGCACUAAUGUUCUUUGGGACACCGUUAAUAUUAAAGAACAAGGAACUCUAGCAUUAUUCAGCAUGAUAAAGUAGUUUUAGUCUGUAUCAGCAUCUCACUGAUAGGAAUAAGACAGGUUCCUAACAUGUUUGGCCACAUGAGUUUAAGGUUAGAGAAACUGCUAUUCUAAUUUAGUCCAGGAAUUAGCUCACCAAUUUAAGGUGUAGUUUGAGUUGUUUAAAAACAAACAGAGGGAUGGUGACUAAGUGUCAUGUUGUGGGGUUAUUUAAGAGCUGUAAGUGUGAGUAGAUGUAUUCUGUCUUAAUUGUGAAAAUGCUUUAGUCAAUCAGUAAUAAAGUAUCAAACUGGACCAUGCAUGUCUAGGAGUAGCCAAAAGUACAAACUGCCGGUUUCCCAGGAAUGACUUGAUUAUUAAUGUGCUGUUUCCUUCAGCAGCUUCUAGAUCCAGAGUUUCAUGCAUGCUGUGAAGCUGAUGACUAACAGCUGCCAGGCUCUGUUCAGCUUCACUAGUUUUAAAACUACUGAAAGUAGAUUGUAUGUGAGCAGCAACCAGCACUAAGGCCCUUCUGGCUCUGCCUUAUCUGUGCUCAAUGUCUCCCAGGAGGCAUAGGCCACCACUGAUACAGUGGAGGGGUUGAGAAACUAAUAAAUGGCUUGUGAUUUAAAUAUUGGAACAAUGUGACUUCAGCACUCCCCUUACUGUCUCAUUUCUUUUUAUAAUAAACUGAAUAUUCUGACUA